GCGCAGGGGCUGCCGGGAGCAGCGGGAGGGAAGCGCCGGCCGCGCCCAUUGGGUGGGCCCGUCAAGUGGGCAGGCGGUCCGUCACAUGGGCGGUAGGGCUGUCAGCGGCCUCUCCCUUCUCCCUCCUCGUUGUGCCGGCCGUGGUUCCCAUUGGUGCGCGGGGCGGGGCCGAGGUAGGAGCGAGGCUCACCGGCCUCUCUAGUCGGAUGUUCCUGGGGCUACCCGCCGGACGUGGGAUCGUGGGAGCUGUCGCGCAGGAGCUCAUGUGGAGCGUUGCAAGUGGCAGUGGAAGGAGCGCUGUGUGCCGAGCGCAUGGUGGGAAGUGCCGGUGGCAGCCCGUGAGGUGGUGUUACUCUGCUGGGCCACUCUGGUGGUGGCUGCCGCCCCCACAUCUGGCGGGUCCAUGUUUGUGCCGAGGCAGCGAAGGGCACUGCAGCACCCCCAAAUUAACAGCGGUUUCUUUGAGAGUUCCCCUUAUGAAGCAGUAACCGGGCUCCGCUGGUGCCGCUGCUCGCUGCCCUUGGACUGCAUAUGUAUCCCCCGCGGGGCCAUAAGAGGAAGUGGCGGGUUUGGAAUACGAUUUGCGCUCGUUCUCCCAGGCUGGGGGAGACGCCGUAUGUGGUCAGCUAUUGUGGAGCUGCAUCGUUUUCCGUGAUGACUUGCUGUGUAUGGUGAUGCUUUUAAUUUCUGUCCAUCUAACAAAGCUAAUUUCACAUUUUUUUCAAGCAUUCUUGUCACCUCUUCUCCUCUGUGGGCUCACAGAAACUGAUGCAUGGGUGUCUUAAAUGGACACGAGCUUGAUCCUUGUGCUUCACAACUCCUGGGUACAAGCUCCCAAAUCUGUACCCUGUAAUAAGUGGUUUAACUGCUCUGCUAUUUCCCCAAAUUUGUGUGGAUUGAGAUCAAGUAUUUUAUUCUAAACUGGUGUUUCUCAGUCAGGUACCUCCUGCUUACUCCUAGGCCCCUGUCUUUUUUCAAGAGAUGCACCAUAUUAGUCUUAAGAGCAUUGUCAGACUUUUUAAUGUGUGGUUUACUUUUUUUAUGUGUAGCACACAUGAACGCACCCCUUUCUCCUCACACGUUGAUCUUGGCUGCUGGAAAAACCCACUCAGUGUCCUGAAUGCCUUCAAUAUAGGACAUCGCAGCAACGCUGGAAUUGUUGAACUUCCUUUAAUUUAACAUAGGGAUUUCAAAGAAAAAAUUAAACUCUUCUGUCAGAUUUAAUUUACCAGUCUAUAGCCAAAAUCCAGGGACUGAUCUAUGCAGUUUCUACUUUUAAGUCUACUUACUAAAAGUGUGGCCUAACUGUGCUAGUAUUCCAUGGCUGGAGCAGGUCAGAAUUUUGUCUUUCCCGGUAUGGAGUUUCAUGACCCAGCUCCUUGCUCGCGGCCCAGCCUCUGACUGAAGACUGGGCCAAACCUGUUGCUUUAAUCGUCCUAAAAUCUGGUUCACUCAGGCUUUGAACUUUCCCUGACAUAGCUGAAUCUGCUCAGAUUUUUCUAAACCAGACGCUGUUCAGAUGCAUGUCAACAACCAAGCCCGGCUCCCCCGAGAGCCGCCCAGCACACAGAACCGUCAGGCCGCGCCGGGCCUGCUGGCACCGGCAGGUCCACACCCCAGCGAGAGGCCGCGGCACGCCAUGCGCUCUGCGGGCAACAGCCGGAGAGUGCCCACCGCGGGCGGCUGGGCCACGCGGAACGCUGCGGCUGUGGCUCACGGCGGGCGGGGUGACUUCCGCGGGACGCGGCACGGCUUCCGGAAGAGGUGGGAUCGGUGGGUCCGGGUACGGCUCUCGGUUCUGCUCGGCUCCGCGCCCUCGGCCGUCGCCAUGGGCCGCAAGAAGCUGCACCGGCCCAUCGCCGCCAUGGCCAAGAAGAUCCGCGAGUAUCGGGCGCUGAAGGAUCGGCCGCGAGACUCUCAGCGUUUCUCCGUGGACUACGAGACCAUGCGGCGACCGCUGACGCAGAAACGCCUGCCCGUGCGGGCCUGGGAGGACGUGCGGAACGAGAACCGGCUCUUCGCGCUGCUCUGCCGCCUGCCGCGCUUCGGCGUGGGCCGCACCGUAACCCGCAAGUCCUGGCUGUGGGCGCACGACGAGCCCUGCUACUGGGUCAUCACCAAGGUGAAGGCGGACUACAUGGCCGAGGUUCCUCUUUUCUUUGCAGAACAUGGACCAUGGAAGAGCCUGGGGCUACCUGACUUUCAAAGGUAAAACUGAAGAGAAAGUGAGGGAGAUUGACAAAGCCAUGUACCAUGAUUGGCGUAUUGUGCCGAAACACGAGGAGGAGGCCUUCAAGAAAUUCACCCCAGUGCCUGAAGAGACUGUUCAUUUCCUGCCCUACCCACCACUGCUCCGAGCCAUGAUCCUUGCACAGUGGCAGAAGGAGGGAAAACCAAUCAUGGAGCCUAUUAUUGAUCUGGAGAAGGUGCUGGCCUCUCCCCAAGAUCAGGCAAAGAAAAAAGCUGCAGGGACACUGGUAUAAAGACUUGUUAUGUGUUCUGAGCAUCCCAUGUGCUCUCGCUGCCUGUUAGAAGCCCAGUGCAUAAGGGGUCUUAGAGAGUCCCUCUGUGAUCAUUAUGGUAGUAUGUUUCCAGCUUUCUUCUCAGCCCUCUACAGUCACCUCAUCUGAAAGGGAAGCUGCAGAUAUACUCAGACUCCUCUUCUGUAACUUUGGUUUCAGUCAGCAAAAAUGAUUCCUUGGAUAGUCUCUAAAUACACAGCUCCAGUCAGCCAGCUGCAGUUCUUUGGAGCAUAAAAUUUUUUACACAACUUGGGUCCUGCAUGAAUCACACAAAAAUGACUGUGAAUAUCACAGUAUUUCACAGAGCUGUGAAAAAAUGUAUCUGCAAAUGGAAAUAAAAGUUUUCUUAAUUUUGCAGCACAGUUCUAAGAAAACUCAUGAUUUUUUUUUCAAUGCCUGGAAAUCAUCAUGGCAGCCAAAUGCAGAGCCAUUGGCUCAGGCACAGCAUCUGGUUCUCUGAAGACAGCAGAAUGUUCUGGGUUACUUGAAUGUGAAAGCAGUGAACAAGAAGUGAGGAACAUGAUUUCAAUACUAAGAUAUUCCAAAGAUAUCCAUCUCUUACUCCCAAAGAUGGCUGUCAAGAAAUAGGAGAAUUCUUUUCAUUCUGGUGAUGCAAAGGGGGUGGGCUCUUAACAUUUGAAGCCAAAUGUAAAUUAUCCCUGUUCCAGGGCAGCAUGUUAUGAACAUUAAAACAUGGAGCUCCUAA